AGGGUUCUCGAGGAGGGGCACUGGAGAGGGAUUUGUAGUUUUAAAUGUGUGUGCAUUCUUAUUGUUUUUUGAAAGUAUGUUUAUGUUUAUGUUUCUAAAUAGUUAUGACAACUGGGGUGUGUGUUUGUGUCGGGUGGGGGGAAUGUUCGGGGGGAAGGGUUUAAGUUUAUAUAAUUUGAUUCCGUAUUUUCUGUUAUAUUUAAUUUGUUAAAGGGAAUCAAUAAAAAAAAUUAUAUAUAUAUAAGUGUGAUGUUUUAAAUCCAUUUAAAUAAUCACAUUUAAAGAGAGAUUUAUUUCUAACUAAUAAAAACUGUGGGACCCUUCCCCCUAGCACCCCUUUGUAGUCCCCUGGGAGUCCCUGGACCGCAGUUACAAAACCCCUUAACUUAAACUACAAAUUUUCCAAAUGCAUAGAAGCUUCAAUCACAACAGCGGCACCAAUCAUACAUAACAAAUCAAUGAAGCCUACAUGUAACUUGCUCAAUGCCAUGUUCUGUUUAGGCGCAUCCUGUGUUUUCAUAUGGCAUACAUUAGACAACAAGAGGUUGAAGGCAUGGGAUGCAGAUAACAAUCAUAUUCCGAUCUUGGAGAUCGUGGAAACUUUUAACUGCUGUCUGUCUGUCAGUUGGCAGGGCACAGUUUUCGGAUAGGCGCUCCGCUCACCCGCCCAUUUCCUCCGGCGUAACAUGCAACAUUCCAUACGUCAGCGUUCUAAACGAUUUAUUUAACAACAAUUUUGCCCAACAUUCGACGAAUGUUUAAACAACAAUAACUAAACUCCUGUCUCGUAAAGACUAACAGAUAUGUUUUAGUGAUUAUAGCACACUCGGAUGCAUAAGAGUUAGCUAGUUGGCUAGCAGUGAAAACACUAACAUAUUAUACACUUCCAUCCCAGAUCAUCUGCUAAAUUUCACCAGAAAUCACCGGUUACUUUUACACGGGAUAACAAGGACUAAAUCUAAAAGAAAAAAUAUGGACCCACGAAGGAAAGGCGAGAAGAAAAGAAAGCUUGAGGAGGUUACCGAAACAAAGGAGCUUCAACAUUCUGAUGAAGAAACAUCAAGCAGCAUAAGAGUAGAAGAAAUGGCACUGAAAAGGAAGAUAAAGGAAAACAAAAAAUACAUAGGAGCUCAUGUCUCAAUAUCAGGAGGAAUAUGGAAAGCAGUUGAAGCAAGUGUGGCCUUAGGAGGUCAUGCUUUUGCCCUUUUCUUGGGCUCCCAGCGCUCCUGGUCCAGACCCGCCCUCGAUCCAGCUGCUGCAGUUAAAUUUCAGGAAGCCUGUGUUCUUCAUGGCUUCGAUCCGACGCACAUCCUGCCACAUGGAUCUUAUUUGAUGAACUGUGGCUCCCCCAAAGAAGAUGUGUUCAGUAAGAGCCAGGCCAUGCUUGUGGAUGAGCUGAGUCGCUGCAGUGCACUGGGCCUUAGCCAGUUUAACUUUCACCCUGGGGCUUCUAUGGAAUCCAGCCCUGAGCAGUGCAUGCAGAAAAUUGCCCAAGCUAUUAACUAUGCGCACCAGCAAACCCCUGCCGUCAUUACAGUGCUUGAAAAUAUGAGUGGUCAGGGCAGCACUGUAGGUGGGCAGUUUAGUGAACUGAAAAGCAUAAUAGACCAGGUCCGUGACAAGACACGUGUCGGAGUGUGUCUGGACACUUGCCAUGCUUUUGCAGCAGGUUAUGACAUUUCACCAGCUGGGGGAGUGAAGAAUAUGCUUGAUGAAUUUGAUUGCGUGGUUGGAUUGCAUCAUUUGAAAGCAGUUCAUCUAAAUGACUCUAAAGGAAAAUUAGGCUGCCAUCUGGAUCGCCAUGAAGACAUUGGGCAUGGCCAAAUAGGUAUUACUGCUUUCCGAGAAAUUGUAAAUGAGCCUCGACUGGAUAAUAUCCCUCUGAUUCUAGAAACACCCGGCCGCCCAGGAUUUGAGUAUGCUGAACAGAUAGACCUCCUUUACUCCCUUUGUGGAAAAAAGUGAAGAAUUUGACAUUUCCUGGGUGCCAACGGAAGCUGAUCUAUAGCUUGCUCUGUAGGCAUGGGGAAACUGCUGGAUCUUCCCUGGCAGAGUUAUUAUUGCGGAAGCAUAAUUAACAUUUAAACAUUACCCAGCUUUUGUCAUUUUGCAUCCUCAUUAAUUGAGCCUUUAAUGAGGUUUCUAUUCAAGAAUAAGAUUACAUCAGUUAUACAUGUUUCUUUUUUGCUUUUCUCAUUUCUUCUAAUGCAAAUCAUGUAGUUACAGAAGAUGUUUUGUCUGAAUGACAAAUUCUCUGUCUCGUUUCCAAAUAAAUGUGCAAUGAAUUAAAAUUUAGUCUUCACAAGGGUGAUAUCUGCAGUUGUUAUCAG